ACUCGAUCUCGAGAGGUAUUGUUUGUUAGGCAAAGCAAUCCAUCGCCUUUAGAGCGAAACACAAAGGCUUGAAUGCCGACACGGAUUGUCCUCAAGGAGGCGUCGCCACCGUCUCAGCUGACACCACGCAGUACACCGGCAACCGCCAGAAAUACACCGUCUCCACCGCGCAACGUGCGUCUUCCCAAUCGUCGACACCGCGACGCGGACCCGUCCCACAUUAAUGUCCGAAUUACUUUUCAACAGCAAACGGCAAGGGAUCGAACGAAUGUGACGUCCCGAGCUUCAUCGCGACGCAAGUCGGUCGCUAGUUUUCGCUCGUCCAUUCUCCGAGAAAUCUCCACAGCCCGUGACGGGACGGCAGUCGAAGACGACGACGUAGAACGUCUCUCCAGUGACGAUAUUCGAGCAUCACCGCGAUUAUUGGGAUACUUCUUUUGUAUGGUGGCGGGAGCAGUCAUGCUGGUUUUCGCACACGAGCUUGUUUCUGGUACAAUCUUACGUCUGCGCUUUUUUGUUUUGGUUUGGUUCAACCCUAUUCUCUCUCGCGAACUCUUGGAUCAGGAAAAAUUCUUUGUCGCGAGUACGGGUCUGGUUUAUCGCUGGAAGCUGUGGGGUUCCAUAUACAUGUCCGCCACCGGAACGGGUCUGUGCCUGCUGACUCUACUGGUGCACUUUGAUACCGUCUGUUUACCCCGAUUGUGGAAAAGCGUCUUUCAAGACGGGAGUACGGCUGAACGGAAUCUCAUUUUGUUCUUUAUCUUGUUCUGGGCAGCCAACGUACAUAUUUGCACGUCUUCCUUGUCGGUGGGGGAGUCACAGGCCAAUACCUUCUUUACCGCUUGGAUUGCUUUUGGAUCGAUUGCCUUGAAUUACACGGUGUGGCGAGAAUCGGCGGGUCUACCGUCCCUGGCGGACAAGGUCAAUUUUCACCAACGGGAAACAACGUACAACUGGAUUUGGACCGGAAUCUUUUCGGCAGUUUUUGCCGGAUCGGCGACGGACAUUUUCAUCAAUCGCGAAGAAAUCACGCUCCGAUUGCGGGACGAGAUUUUGGUGCUGGAAAACAAGGAGUGGGUCAUCGUCUUGGCUGUGGUUUGGACUGAAGUGGCCGUUUGUAUCAUGGCUGUGUUGUUUAAUGAGUGGUUUCCGCAACCCAUGACGCUGCCUGGUCGCAUCCAGUGUCGGGGGGCAUCGUAUCGGUGUGUGCUGGGGUGGCGACAGUUGGAAGGGCCCAUUGUCUUGGCCGCCUUGGGAACCAAGUUUUGGGUAAUUCUGGAGUACACGGGGGUGGGUGGGGUUGUCAACGGCCUUUCCAAUGGCUACUUUGGCGUCUGGGGCUCGUUCUUUAAUAGUGUUUUUACUCUAGGGACGUGGCUACGAGAAAACAAGAACAUUGAAUACAUCGUAAGGGAAGAAAGCGACGAAGAUGAGCAUCGAGUGAACUCUUGAUAAUUGUAUCGGUUCACGGAGCUUCUGUAAGCCGGCCAGUGUGACUGUCAACUUGGACCAUUGAGGAAAAUUGCCGUGUCAAACCUGCAGACAAUUAAUUUGUGAUUGCGCAGUUGAACAUUCCCUAUUGGGUCAUUAUCGAACUUGCUUUUGGGACAUUCUCUUUCAUACUUUUCGGAGCGAUUCCUACAGUGCACCCCUUAGCCGUUGGAUGCAAGGCAAACAGUAAAAGAAUUUUAAACCUAACUGAUUGCAUCACGUU